AUGGGCGAUGGGGGCGCUGAGCGCGACCGCGGCCCCGCACGGGAGUCGCGGAGCGGGCGCGGCAGGGACGGCGGCGGAGCAGAAGACUCGAGCGCCGAUGCGGGCGGCCGCAGCCCCAGGGAGAUUGCCGGGACUUCCGACUCCAGCCCUGCGGGCUCCAGGGAGAGCGGCGCCGACAGCGACGGGCAGCCGGGGCUCGGCGAGGCAGACCACUGCCGCCGCAUCCUGGUGCGAGAUGCCAAAGGAACCAUCCGAGAAAUUGUCCUGCCCAAGGGCCUGGACCUGGACCGGCCCAAACGGACCCGCACAUCCUUCACGGCUGAGCAGCUCUACCGCCUGGAGAUGGAGUUCCAGCGCUGCCAGUACGUGGUGGGCCGGGAGCGCACUGAGCUGGCCCGCCAGCUGAACCUGUCCGAGACGCAGGUGAAGGUCUGGUUCCAGAACCGCCGCACCAAGCAGAAGAAAGACCAGAGCAGAGACCUGGAGAAGCGGGAGUCCUCCUCGGCGUCCAAGGCCUUUGCCACCUCCAACAUCCUGCGGCUGCUGGAACACGGCCGGCUGCUGUCCGUGCCCAGGGCCCCCAGCCUCCUGGCGCUGACCCCUGGCCCACCGGGCCUGCCUGCCGGCCACAGGGGCACCUCCUUGGGGGACCCCAGGAACUCCUCCCCACACCUCAACCCGCUGACCUCGGCCUCAGCCUCGCCCCCACUGCCGCCCCCACCGCCGGCGCUCUGCUUUUCCACCACCCCGCUCCUGGACCUGCCUGCUGGCUACGAACUGGGCUCCUCGGCCUUCGAGCCCUACAGCCGGCUGGAUCGGAAAGUGGGCAGCCCCGGCAGCGGUAGCAAGAAGGCCAACGCUUAAGUCUCGACCCCCCGCGUGACACUGAGCCCCCAAACACAGCACCACCCCUGCCUCCUGGGCCCAGAGGCAGAAGGAGCAGGCGCCCGCCCUGCCCUGUCCACCCCCAGCUCAGAGACUCUCCAGUGGCCGGCGCUGGUCCGCAGCUGGUGUGUGUGUGAGUGCAGUGUGUGUGUGUGUCUCACUGAAAUAAAAGGAAAACAAUGACAAGAAGGGAAA